AUAUGAAUUCUGAUGCAGCUCCUCACGAGGAAUCUGAAUAUCUUAUUGGCUUCAAAAUUUGAGCGAAAAAAAACGGAAUUGAUUUUUCUAUCAAAUAUUGCAUUGACUUUUUGCAAAAAUGCAAAAAAUGCUAAUAGUAUUUGACCUGUAUCUUUGCGAAAAUGAGGUCUAAUCCUAAGACUUUUAUUACCAAAAUGAUCGGCGCAGAAAGCUGCACAAACCCUGAAAGUUUCAUUGGAUUUGAACGAGGUCGCCGGAUCGACCUGGCGACUUCCCAUGGACAUACCCUAAAGUCAAUUAUAAAAUAGAUGUCAUCAGUUUUGGUAUUUUCUGAUCAAACAUGCAUAGCAAUUUUCUAUAAUGUGGUAAUCGUUUCACGAUUAAAAGAAUAAGUUAAAUAUCUUUAAUGUAUUAGAAAUAAAUGUUCAUAUUAUUAUGAAACUUUUGGAUCUACUCGAAGGAAGUAUGUUAACGAUUUUGUUACAAUAAUAAUAUCACUCCAUCAUGAUAUUAUCAUCAUCAAAUAGUUUACAUGUCUAUUAUACGCCGUUUCAGCGUAUAAAUAAAUGGUUAUUCACAAUAGUUAUCAUAGAAAAUGCGGUUCUCAUUUGAAAAAGAUUGAACGCUCAGUUGUAUUUGAGAAAUGCAAUCAGUUGAAAUGUACUAAGCAUUGUAAAAAAAAUACAUAUUAACAAGUUAAUGAUUAAUGCAGUAAAAUCAACUUAAAAAAGCGAACCAAAAUGCGUUUUUUCGGAGGUCUCGUCUGCUUGGAUGGGAGUCAAAAAAUUCUUUUCAAGAAACAAAUUCUAAUCGAGGACCAGAAUUCUUUCAUUGCACAAAAAUCCAACAACUGCAUAUCUAGUUAACUUAAACAAUGUUCACACUUCUCUACUAAAGUUUCAGUUCUGCGUAUCAAAAAGCUUCAGUCCAGCAAACCUUGAGUAAGCAGUAGCCAUCACUAGCAAACCAAUAAGGAUACUACCUGUUCGACGUUUCUUAUAAAAGAUUCAUUGAAAGUUUCGAUACUUUAAUCAAAGUUUUACUUUUCGUUUUCAAAACAACAACUGUUUCUCCGAAAAAAGUUUUCUAUUUGCAGUGUUUGAAGAAUGAUUGUUUUGAAAAAUGUGACACAUCAACUUUCAGUUUAGAUUGAUCGUGGCUAGCACAGUAAAACUUGCCAUAGGCUAAAGAAAUCAAAAACAUUACAUUCCUUAGAGAAUGCUCUCAGUACGCGAAUCGUAUGAACUUUUGCUAACUAAAAAGUGUCUUAUAUAUCAAGCGGAAAAAUUUUCACUCUCGACCCUAAUACAGAAUCUUCAAAAAUGCAUUUUUCACCUAUGAGAGAGUUGGUUUUCUCUAGGAAUAUUCAAAGCGUGCAGUCCAUUUUCAGAAUUUUUCUUGAUAUUAAUUCUAAACGGAGAGAAAUGAAAUCAAACGAAUAUAACACUGCCUUUUGAGCAUAAAUUGUUUUUGAUGAUCAAUAGGUAUUUUUGGCAACAAAAUUCGCCAAUACUUUUCAUCCCGAUGGCACGCGUUCUAUCCGAGGUGAUGCUCAAUAUGUUCGAGAAGCGUGUGCGAAAAGUUUACAACGUCUCGGUCUCAAUUCGGUCGAUCUGUAUUACGCACAUCGCAUUGAUAAAAAAGUACCGAUUGAAGAGACUAUGGCCGCAUUGAAAGAACUUGUUCAAGCGGGCAAAAUUAAAUAUAUUGGUUUGUCUGAAUGUUCGAGUGACACACUUCGACGAGCUCAUGCUGUUCAUCCAGUUUCGGCUGUACAAAUUGAAUACUCACCAUUUAGUCUGGAAAUCGAGCAUGAGGAAAUUGGUCUUCUGAAAACCUGUCGAGAACUCGGCGUCGCGAUCGUUUGUUAUUCGCCGUUGGGUCGUGGUAUCCUUACGGGGCAAAUCAAGAGCCCUGACGAUCUUGAACAGAAUGAUUUUCGAAGACGCAUGCCACGAUUUUCCAAGGAAAACUUUGAGAAAAAUCUUCAGUUGGUCGACACGUUAACAUCACUGGCCAAGAAGAAAGGCUGCACAACUGGUCAAUUGACACUCGCCUGGGUUCUUGCUCAAGGUGACGAUUUUAUUCCGAUUCCAGGCACAACUAAAACCAAGAAUUUGGAGGAGAAUGUCGCCGCUGCACAGAUUCAACUGAGCAAGGAUGAAGUCGAAGAAAUUCGACAAGCUUGCAAGAAAGCCGAUAUAGCCGGUGAACGAUAUCCAAAAGAGAUGUCCGCCACUCUAUUUGGUGAUUCGGCACCGAAAAAGGACUAA